ACAAGGCCCUCCUUAUCAACCUGAGAAGGCCAAAAGGGUAUCAACAGGCUAAGGUAGGACAAGAGUGUGUUUGAGCUAGUCAACAGGAACAAAUUCAACGUUUGAGAACAGAGAAAAGAGGCCACUGGAAAACACAGCAGAUGUAUCACCAACAUCAGGGCCCGAGUGAGCUCUUCACUACAAGGACAUCCUUUCCAAUGGAGCAGCAUCUGUUUUUGCGUGGAGGAAAUGCCCAAGGAGAUUCUGGGCUAGUUCUCUCAACUGACGCUAAACCAAGGCUGAAAUGGACACCUGAGUUACAUCAGAGAUUUGUAGAUGCAGUCAAUCAAUUAGGGGGAGCCGAGAAAGCUACUCCAAAAACAGUCAUGAGGCUCAUGGGCAUUCCAGGACUCACCUUGUACCAUCUGAAAAGCCAUCUCCAGAAAUACAGGCUUAGCAAGAACCUCCAAGCUCAAGCGAAUGUCAGUACAUCAAAGAAUGCCAUAGGAUGUGCAACCAUUGCUGAUAGGAUGCCUGGAACAAGUGCGCCAACAAUGAGCAGUACAAAUGUCAUUCCACAGGCAGAGAAGACUAUUCAAAUUGGUGAAGCACUUCAGAUGCAAAUUGAGGUUCAGAGGCAGUUAAAUGAACAGCUUGAGGUGCAAAGGCAUCUACAACUACGAAUAGAAGCCCAAGGGAAGUACCUACAGGCAGUUUUAGAGCAGGCACAAGAGACACUUGGAAAACAGAAUUUGGGUCCUGCAAACCUUGAGGACGCAAAAAUAAAAAUAUCAGAGCUGGUAUCACAAGUAUCAAAUGAAUGCUUCAGCGAUGCAAUUACAGAUAUAAAAGAAAGCUCAAGUGUGCAUAGAUUAGGGCCCAAACAAAUCCGGUUUGUUGAAAGUUCAACAAGUAAUUAUUUGACUGCAGCUGAAGGAUUCAUCAAGGAGCACAGACUACAGCAUCAUGGAGUACCAAAAGCAUAUGAUGAUAGUUCAUUAUUUUGCAGAAAAGGAUCUCAUGAACAUGAAAACCAGAUUGCCCUAAACAGAAGCCUAAGUGAGUGUAGGAUGGCUCAUUUGCAGAAUGAGAAAGGGUACAAUAAAGCAGAGUUUGGGUAUGAAAGUGAUACAGAGAUGGCACCUGAGUAUAUUACACCUCAAAAGAAUGGUGGAGGUAGCACCACCAGUUCGGCAUCAGGAAGCAAAGGGGACGCAGAGAAGACAUACCUCGAAGAACCAAACUGCACGAGACAGGCAGUUGAAUAUCCCAGAGAAAGCAAGCUGCUAGACUUUGAGCACUCAUGUCCGGGGAAGACACUCGACCUGAACACCCACAAUGUUGAUGAUGCCGAUCAAGCUUACAGACAUUUUGACUUGAAUGGGUUCAGCUGGAGCUGAUAAUAUGUAAGAUGAUCAAAGUGAAGAAAUGAAAUUACAAAUAAUUUCUUCCAA